AUGACAGAAUAAAGUUCACAGAAUAGGAGUUAUACAAAGAUUCCUCCUUACACAAAGAAAUCCUUGAUACUAAAAGUUUUUCAAAAUGGGUUGAAGAUUAAGCAAGCAGCCUAAUAAUUAUAACUAAAGUACGCUACUGCCAAAACAAUCAUUCUUAAUUAUAGAAAGAAAGUGGUAAGGAAAAAACUUAUCUUCAAAUCCAAGAAACCUUGUUUAAUUCUUCCUUUAGACAAUCUCAAAAAUAAGAGAAAUAUUAAUAUUGUCUCUUUGGUGGGUGGAAAACUAUAAAAAUCAGAAUGA